AUAUCCGGGUCAAGGGGUAAGCGAGGCUAUAAUUUGCUUGUGUUUGUAUACAACAAUGGCCGCUAAGAUCUGUAGCUGUCUUAAGGGAGGGGAGACACAACAUCCAAAGUACACGUACAGUCGACUCUCUAAGCCAUCCACCACAGGCAUCAAGGACAAGUACAAUGUAGUUGUGAUCGGGUCAGGGUAUGGUGGAUCCAUCGCGGCAAGUCGGGCAUCCAGAGCGGGGGUGUCUGUGUGUGUCCUGGAGCGGGGUAAGGAGCUGCAGCCUGGAGAGUACCCGGAUGAUAUCCACCAGGUCGCCAGGGAGACACAAGUGGAGAUCAACACAGGAGAUUCCAUCAUCGACGGCAAGCUCGGACAGCCCACGGAUCUAGUGGAUAUUAUCGUGAACCAUGACGUCACAGUUGUAAAGGGAUGUGGACUGGGAGGAGGAUCUCUGAUAAACGCCAAUGUCGGGCUGGACUGUGACCGGAGGGUGUUCGACGAUGAGGCUUGGCCCAAGGCAUUUCGCGACGACCUGGAGGCCGUGAAUGGGGUUGACCGGGAGCAUGCCUGGCAAAUGCUCAAGCCUGCCCCAUACCCCCGUAAGUUCCCCCCGCUGACCAAGAUGGGACAGUUGAAGAAGGCAGCUAAGUCAGUAGCGAAGGAAGUUCUGGACAUCGAAGACAUCGAUAAUGUUUUCUACAGGCCGCCUUUGUACGUUAAUUUCAAAGAUACGAAGUCUAACCACGUGGGUGUACCCCAGGAGGCGUGUGUCGGGUGCGGGAACUGCUGUUCGGGUUGUAACUACGGCGCUAAGAACACACUCAUCAUGAACUACCUACCUGACGCCAAGAACCAUGGCGCUGACAUCUUCACUAAGGUUGAGGUUGAAGCCAUUGAGAAAGACGGCGAGGACUGGCGGGUAUGUUACGUCACACACGCAGACGGCAUCACAGGGGAGGAGCGGACUCUUCGCGCUGAUGUCGUCAUUCUUGGCGCAGGCGCACUGGGAUCGACCAAGGUUUUACUCAACUCAAGAAAAAGAGGCUUAAACCUGUCGGAUCAGUUGGGAGAACGCUUCAGCACGAACGGGGACACCAUCAGCUUCAGCUAUGACGGCACUGACCCGGUGGAGUCGGUAGGACUGCCGCCUGACUUUGAUAAAAAGAAACCCGUGGGUCCUUGUAUCAGCAGUAUCAUAGACCUCCGAAGUCCACAGAAAGCCCUGUGUGAGGGGUACGUGAUCGAGGACAGCUCACCGCCCCACAUGACAGAGAUGGGCUACAGCAUUCUCAUGGCCAUAGAGAGCCAUGUUAGCGGCAUCGACACCUUCCCUGACAAAAGUCUUUGGGAGGACGCGAUGCGUGGACUACGCCCAGACAACAUUUCCCGCACGUUGGGAAUGCUGACCAUGAGUCAGGAUAAAGCCCAGGGAAAACUGAUCCUGGAUGAACAAGGCUCCAUCGUCAUGGACUACCCCAGCGUAGGAGAGGAGAAGAACUUCGAGCUGGUGAACAAAGGACAUAAGGUGGCUGCAGGGAGCUUGGAAGGUACCUUCAUCCCGAACCCUGUGUGGGGAGGCCUGUUCGCCAAGUCCCGGGACGUGAAGUCUGUCAUCACGGUCCAUCCGCUGGGAGGGUGUGCGAUGGGCGAAUCCGGUCAGACUGGAGUGGUAAAUCAUAAGGGCCAGGUGUUUCAAGGGAACACAGAAGAAGUGUACGACACGCUGUACGUGGUUGACGGUGCCGUCAUCCCCCGGAGUCUGGGAGUCAACCCCACCCUCACCAUCUGCAUGGUCGCCGAGCGCUGCAUGAGGCUCAUGGCGGAGGACUGCGGCUGGACGGUCAGCUACAGCUUCGGCAAGAAGAAACGCUAGGCCAUUGUUUAAGUCGUUCCUUAAUACCCUUGUAGUGCCUUGUAGUGGCAGGUCGAAAAUGUAUACGAUGGCAUGUUUCCUAAUCUUUUCAGUUUCACAGUGUAUUUCUACAGGGAGGGUUGCAAGCCCCUCCCCUUUACAGUGCUUGAGGUAGUUCCUAGAAAACGGAACCCCUACUUACGUCCCUUCCGAAAGACCGGCGCAGCCCCCACCAAGAUGCCUUAUCUAGGAUUGAACCAGGGUCUUCCAGUAACCUACUAAUCGGGAUCAGGAGCUUUACUUCUGCUUCCAGUUGAGCUACUCCAUGCUACUGUAUCCCCUAAGUCAAAUUUAACUAUGUUUUAGUUACAAAUGUUUUUUAUUUGGUGAGCAAAUGGUGGUAUUUUACACGUUUUAAUUGUUUUAUCAAAAUGUAUCCUAUAUUUGAUUGUUCUUGUGUUUGCAUGAUAUUGUCCUGAUA